UACAUCAUUCUUAAUUUUGUUUUGCUUUGUUUUUUUUUCAGGUAACUUUUUCGCUAGCGUGGGACAUUUGCUUAUUCUAAUACAAACAACCCCUGUUACGGAGCAUGGACUCUCCGUUGGUGAAAUCAAGACGAUUGAUCGGAUGAAUUUUAAAAUAGUUGAGAAACUAAUCAAACCUCAAGUUACACAAGCACUUUCAAAGCAUGUUGAGCAGAGCGAGGGUACUAUACUCUACCUUAAACUGAUUAAUUACGUUGUUUCUUCGUUUAUGGAGCCACAUUUAACGGUUCUGGGCAGAGUUCGAAGAAUAUGGUAUGCCAUAUUCUUUCUACGGUACUGGCGGACCUGGUUAGCCCGCGCUCGAUUAUCAUUAGCAGACUUUUACAUCACCCACAACGCUGAAUUUUGCGUCGAGCUUAAUGGGCACGAGUUACUGCAGAUUAUUCGGUACUGCCGCGACGAGGGCUGCCCAGAAGCGUUUUUGGCUACGUUUUUCAACUCUCAAUGGAACGAAGCAUUUUUUCGAAAAAUCCGCUCGAUGGGAUCUACAUUUUCAACGGUUGUCAACUUCUCAAUCGGUGAAUUCUUACAAAGAGUAAAGCGUGCGGAAUUCCUCAUCGAGUCUGAUGUUCAACUGGAGCAUAAAAUGAACAAACAGCAGAAGCAGCGAGAUAUACAUGUGCCACUGGCGAUGCCGAGCGACGAAGAAAUUGGCCAGGUCAUUGAAGUGGCUAGAAAAGAAGCCGAGAAGGAUCUUGCCUCGGUUGGCGUGACUUGUAAUGCACCACCUACGUGUCACAUUGCGCCUUCAAAAAUUGUUGUCGAUCCGAAACAAUCAACUCCGGACAUCGACAACGACAGUGACAGCGAGGAAUCAAGCGAGGAUUGUUUUUGCAUAAAUAUGAGUGAAUUAUUUCCCAACAUUAACUACGAUGCUGAAUUCAAAGAUUGUACAAACGAAUACGACAAAUCGUCUACGAAAAAUGCUUUCGUAAAAAUAAGGAAACACGAUGGAACAGUUGUAAUUGUCAAAGUGUUAACACUAGUGAAAAUCUUUCGGAAGCAGCCGGCGAGAUUAGGAUCGGAUAGACUACAACGUUUUGUUCGGUCCUAUCCUGAACAAGACACCGAGGUCGUCAUCGAGAAGUCGUCCGCACCUGGCAUUUACUGCUCGAUAAAUAUUGGGGAUUGGUGUCUGUUUAGUGUCAAAAAAGACGACGUCCGAGUGGGACAGGUGCUGGGUUUCCAGUAUAAAACACCGAAAGGCCGAUACAAACCGUACAAACUGGAAACGGCCCCGGUUGACGGCCACAACGACGAACAAGCGUUGGUUGUGCACGGUAGUUUCUUUACAAUCAAAAAAGAUAAUCAUUUGCAAAAUUGUUAUUUUAAGUUUCCAAUUUAUGUAAAACGAUAUGCUGGACAUAUUAAUACUCCUCAAAAGGAAGGAGGAAAACUUGUUUUAGAUGAGAAGAGCAAAAUCUUCGUUAAUGAGCUUGCUGUCGCUUAAUAGCAAAAUCUCAGUGUGUAUAAUUUUACUUAAUAAAUGUCGCUAUGUUUACUACCAGUAUUCCUUUUUAAUGUUCAAUUCCUUUUUAAAGUCCGAGUCGGAGCCGGCAUGUUGUGACUAGCUAGAGUCGGAGACGGCGUCGCAAUUCACCAAAAACCGGAGUCGGAGCCAGAGUCGGAAAAUUUUCACCAACUUUGUAUGGGAGUUGUUGUUGGACUCUCACUCGGUCGAGUCGAGACUUUUUGGAGUUACAGUUUGCGAAGCCGGAUGAACAGCAAUUUAAUUUGAAAAGAACUUAAAUCUAAAAAAAUAU